AUGCUUUAUCCUCCACAAAUCAAUGGAUUUGGCAAUAACUUGUCGGAAUAUAAAGGGCAGGAAUAUAUGGAAUUGGAGACUGGAAAAAAGUUGGAAAUUAGUUGUUCGUCAAUGGAAAAUAUACAUUGGAUUUUACCAAAUAAUUUCCUUAGUUCCGGUUAUAAUUCACAAGAAGUUGAGAGUCGACUCGAAAUCUAUGAAGAAUUCGUUGGGUUGAAAAAAUUGACGUUAAAAAAUUUGAAACAAUCCGAUACAGGCGAAUAUAUUUGUACUAGUCAACCGUCCGCUAUUAAUACAUCGAUUUACGUUUAUGUUUCUAGGAAAAAUAAAGGUGAUAAAUCGAUAUUUUUAAAUGAUGAACCUCUUAUCAUAUCAACUCCGUUUAAUCGACCUUUUAUCACUGUACCAUGUAAAACUAACCGAUUCAUAAGUGAUCAACCUAAAUUAUUUAUAAAUCAUAUCGAGCAACAAGGUAAAUUCGACUAUGAUCCAAGGUAUGGAUUUUCCGUGGAAAAAGAAUUGUUUCCAAGUCUUUCAGAAACGUCAAUUAAAUGUGAAUAUAAAGACGAUAAAUCGGAAAUAAUAGUUGUUCCGGAAGGGGAUAGCAAACUCGACGGUUUACCAGUUAUUGAAGUUCAAAAUCGAUGGCCAUAUGUUGGUCAAUCACUGGAAAUUAGCUGCACUUUUCAUAUGAAACCAACAUAUAAGUAUUCACUUAAAUGGAGAUGUCCAAGAUGCGAACAAGACACGGAUCGAAUCAGCAGUAAUCAAUAUGUAAAAAUAAACGAUGGAAUUCGAAAAAUGAUUUAUAUUGAUGAUCUUAAAACGGGUGAUUCUGGAAUAUAUGAUUGUAGUCUUGUAAAUAGAGAUGAUCCAUCAGAUCUUCGUACAUCAGUUUAUGAGUUGCACGUUUCGAAAACUAAAGGGCAACUUAAAAUUAUUGAUACGGCUUUGGAUGAAGAAUAUAGCGAAGGCGACGUGAUAAAACUUUUCCAUAUAGCUGAAUCCUUUCCUGUGAAUGAUUACAACGUGCAAUGGAGGAAGAUUUAUAAAACCUGUCAUACAUUUCCGCAUCAAAAUAUUGAGACGAUUAGUGCAGGUUAUACAAGUGACUUUAAAGAUAAUAUUCAUUCUGAACAAUUAAUCAUUGAAAACGCCAAAGUGGAAGAUUCAGGAUUAUAUCAAUUAACGAUUAAAGUUAGCGAUGACUUGGUGUACCACAAAAAUUGGACGGUAAAAAUCGCUCCAAGGGAUAUUCAACCGAUGAUUUCUGUGUUUCAUUCGAAUACAAAUGAACUUGUAGAUGGACCUGUUAUGGUCAAUACAGACAUUUAUGUUUUGUGUUAUGUAAAAGAUAUUCGACAUCGAAAUCUUUAUCUUUCAUAUAAAUCAGCUCUUGGAUCAAAUUGGAUUGAUAUAGCUACUGAGAACCUGGAUAAUUUAACUUUUGAAUCAGCUAUAAUCCAUCACUUCGUUUUGCAGACAACUAUAAUCUUUAAAUGUAAAUUGGAGAAUAUUAAAAAUGAUAUAGAAAAGAAAAUCAUUGCCACCGAAAUUGAUAAAAUUGCAGUCGAAUUUAAUGUCUUUAAAGGAACGGACCCGGAUAUUGCACAGUACGAGAAUAAAGAUAUCUAUGAAGGUGAUUCGGUUCAUCUCAAAUGCAAAUUGCCGCCAACUGAAGAUUUUAAUGUUCGAUGGAUCAAAGAUAGACAAGAACUUCAUUCGCCAGAAAUUUUUGGUGAAGAAACUUUUACGUCAUAUAUAAACGAAAUUGAUGGGAUAAGAAUAGAUCAAUCUGGAGAUUAUCGAUGUGUUGCUUUUUCUACUGUUGAUCAAUCAACUCGCGAAGCUUCUCUAAAACUCAAAGUUCAUGAAGUGGUUGCCCCACAAAUAAAUCAAAUGCUCGCAAAAGAUAUGCAUGAAGUUAAUUACGGUGAGAAUACUCAAAUAAUUUGUCCCAUACAAGGUUUUCCUGAACCGAUAUACAGAUGGUUAAAAGAUGGUGCGGAAUACAAUGGAAUCGGGAACUUAACCAAAAUCCUUGGUUUCCCUAGAAUAAUUUCGGAGGACAAAGGUAUAUAUACGUGCAAAGCAAGGAAUCGUGCUGGAUCACAGGAAUUUUCAACUGUUUUCAAGAUAUUGAAUGAACCAGAAUAUGUGAAAUCGUCAAGAUACUGGUGGGCAUUUGGAAUUGCUUGUUUUUUUGUUGUUUUAUUGAUCAUUGCAAUUGGUUUCAUCAUUAAACAACGUAGAAGAACUAUACGUCAACAACAUCAAUUACAAGCACUUUACAACCAGUUGAUGGGAGUGGAAGAUUCUUCUUUGCGAGAUUACCUCAUACAGCCAGUUGAUUCGAAACAUCCACUUCAUGAACGACUGGAGCAGAUGCCAUACGACAGAAAGUAUGAAAUCAGCAAGGAUAGACUUUCAUUCCAUCAGCUUCUCGGUGGAGGUCAAUUUGGUCAAGUUCAUCUCGGUGAAAUACAUAGAAAUAUGGUUUCUGAUAUCACAGCUGCUCCAUCAUCAAUAAAAGUCGCAAUAAAGUCGCCACGUGAUGGUCGUAAUAUCAAUCAUCAAAAAACUUUAGCGGAUGAAUUGAAGGUAAUGAUAGCCAUCGGUAUUCAUCCAAAUGUUCUACCACUUGUUGGUGCUGUCACUAAACAGAUGUCCAGCGGCCAACUUUUUGUCGUUAUGGAAUUUUGUGAAAAUAAUAAUUUAAAAGAAUUUUUAACACGAAAUAGUGGAGGAUUUUUGGGUGAAAUCGAACUUAUCGAAGAGCCGAUGAAUGCCGAUGGUUAUUUGACUCCAAUUGGCAUGGUUCAGCAACCUUUACAAAUAUACCGAGCGGAAGUCGAACCAUCAUGGGCAAAUCUAGUUGAUCAAGAAAGAAUGAAUGAUAAAAUGUUAACAACCAGCGAUCUCAUCUCAUUUGGAUAUCAAAUUGCCAAUGGAAUGCAAUAUCUCGCUGAAAAAUUGUGCAUUCAUCGAGAUUUAGCUGCAAGAAACAUGCUCGUAACGAAACAAAGAGCAAUCCGUAUUUCCGACUUUGGUCUUGCACGUAAAGAUAAACGACUUUAUCAUAUAAAAAAUAGUCAAAGCACACCGCUACCAUUUAAAUGGAUGGCGCUUGAGUCAAUUUUAAAUCAUGAUUUUACUGAAUUGUCAGACGUUUGGUCUUACGGCAUACUUUUGUGGGAAAUAUUCUCCUUGGGAAGAGUGCCGUAUCCACAAGUGCCGAAUGAUGAUCUCAUUGAUUACCUACAAAAGGGGAAUCGAAUGGAACAGCCUAAAGCUGCUUCUGAUGACAUUUAUACUUUAAUGAGGCAAUGCUGGCUAACCGAUCCUAAUAAUCGACCAAAUUUCGGCCAGUGCAAAAAUAUUAUGAAAAACCAUCUAGAUCGAGCUUCUCCAGUUUUAUCGCAACGUCUUCAAAAAAUACUGGAGGAGGAUAAAUUGAAAAUGGAAAGAUAUACGGAAUGGCGAGAUUUGGAAACUGAAGAAGAUUUACGAGCUCAAGCAACCAGAAACGGUUUUAUUUCUGUACCAACCCAAGAACCAAUUUUAGGUAAUGAAUAUAUAUAUACUCUUGAUGAACGCUGA